AUGUUCGAACCCGUACGCGGCGGUACUAGAGGCGGUCAAGCUGAAUUCAAAUGGUCUGACGUCUCGGCAGACAAGGACAGAGAGCAUUAUCUCGGCCACAGCGUCAAUGCACCUACCGGUCGAUGGCAGAAAAACAAGGAUAUUCAUUGGUAUAACCGAGAUAUAGACCAAAGCGAGGCUGCUAGGAAUGAGGAGAUACAAAAGAUAAAAGCGUUGGAAGCAGAAGCUCUCGCAGCUGUGUUAGGAUACGAGCCCACCACAGGCGCUGGCUCUGGUGGUUCCGGAGCCAAUGCUAUAGCAGUUGCUUCCAGUUCGAACGCAGAUACAAACCCUGAGGAAGCAGAGGCACGAGCAGCCCGGAAAAGGGCAAAGGAAGAAAAGCGCCAAAGGAAGGAGGAGAAGCGGGCGAGGAAGGAGCUGAAGCGGUUGAGCCAAACCGGCGCUCAUGGUGUCGCACAGCUCAAGGACAAGGAGCUGCCACUCCGGCAUCCUUCUCGAUCCCGCUCUCCCCGGUUCCGGUCGAGAGAACGAAGAGAGGCGCACGAGAGAAGACCACGAAGUCGUAGCCGAAGCCGCACACCUCCACAAGAGCGAAGAAUGUCUGCAAGGUACGAGAGGCCUUCAGACUACGACAUGCAGCAGCGAGAACGGGAGCGGGAGAUGGACCGUCGACGGUGGGAUGCCAGCAGACAACGCGACCUACCAGCAGAUCGCCGCAGGUAUUGA